UUUUUAUUUUACACGACAACCCUUAGCAGAGGUUAAUGCUUGUGGGAGAAAAAUGAAAUUUUGUGAAAGAGAAGACCAAAAUAAGAUUGAAGAUAAAAACCAAAAUAAGUGUUUAUUAUGGGAGUUUGUAAAAUAUUAAUAUAUUAUAAUAAAUGAAAAUCAAACUGGAAACAAAAUGAUUGGAUUAGGUAAAAAGUGGUAUUUGCCAAUUCCCUACUUGAAACGUGUAGAUCACAACAAGGCCCUUGAUUAUAUUUUGCGAGCAGCUAACAAACAUCCCAAUUCACGUGUUUCGAAACUCAUACGUAGCGUGGAGGAGGAACGUUCUCAAAAAAAUAUUGUUCUUCUGCUUAUUGAGUUAGCUGAACACGCGGAGUAUGCCACUGAUUUCGGCAUAUCUCUUAAAUAUUAUUUAGAUUUAUUCGAGCAGUUAGGUAUUGGACGUGAAAUUGUUUUGAACGAAGCAGGUUUAUUGCUUUUGAAUUCUUCAAAAGUAUAUGCGAGACGAGUGGAUUUUGUACAGGAGUUGGUGGAGCGACAAAUACUGACCUUAUCCAAUGCUGAUAAGGAAAUUGUUGAAAACGGUGGUGAAGACCAAAACAAAAAAUCCGAAGAGAAGCCUAAACGUACUCGCAAACGACUGGUCGCAGCGGUUGAAGACCCCUUUGAAGUGGAAUUAGUUCCGAGAAAAUUUCGAAAAUUAACCGAAGAAAAGCGGUUUGUUAGUGGCCGGAGCCAAGAAAAACAGAAGAUGGUCGAAUCAAGAUUCUAUAAAAUAGAUUCCGAACAAUAUAUACAUCCAGCUGCAUGGAUGCAUGCUUGUAUUGUCGAUCUGGAAAAUGAAGAAGAUAUUGAUUCGAAACGAAAUUACAAGCUCUUCACAUAUCACGUGGAGCACCGUUAUAAUACAUUGGUGCCAGACAUUAAUUUUAGAAUGCACUUCAAAGUAAAGGAUUAUAUAGAUGAGGAGGAAGAACGCCUUGAAAGAAAUGAUGAUUCCUGCAAUAGUUCUGUAAACAUUCUAAAAGAUUGGCCCCCUCUUUCAGAAGAGUAUGUUACAAAAUAUUUAGAUUUAGAAAAUAAAGCCUUAGCGGUCGCAGAAGAUAAAAAUACGUGUAAAAAGCUAAGAAUAGAGGACAAUAAUAUAGUUUUUACUCCUGAACCAGUACAAAAUCAGAAAGUAUGUAGUGAACCUAACAUAGAGUGCAAUCGAUCAGCGGAAAACACCGAAGAGUAUAAGUCCAAUUUCAUUCAAAGUGAAUCAGGUGUUGGAGAUAGCAUUAACGAGUCAAAAGAUCUUAGUACAAAAUUGAAUGAAACUACUGUUAAUGAACAAAGUGAAGUUACCCUAAACAGUGAUAUUGAUUUAAGUGUUCCAAACUUGACAGACGAAAACUCAUGUUUUACGCAAGCGCAUAAUUUGAAUUCGACUGAAAAAUCGAUUUUAGAAUCAAUUGUCGAAUGUGAAAAUACAAUUGAGGGUUCAAGAAUUGGUCCACAAAAUCAACUGGACGAUUUUAAUUCAGCAGAAGACAACAUAGCAGAGAGAACUGAAAAUGACACUGGUUUAGGAGAAAGCAUAACAAACGAAUGUCAGAAUGGGAAUGAUAGUAAAAAUCUAAACAAGAACAUAGAUAUCUUAGCUCUAGAAAAUGUCGAAUCUAAUACAAACAAUGUUGAGUUUACGACUGAAAAUGAAGUUGUCAGAAGAAACGACGAAAACGAAAUCAACUUGAAUAAAAUACGUGUUUACCUUCCCCACCUAGACGAUGAGGGCGUUUACUUUUCGGAUUUAGAUGACCAGGAGCACCGUAUGUUAUCCCCCAGAGUAGUUACUACUGAUGUAUUCCCUUGUAUACCAAACAAAAAAAGUAUAACUAUUAUAAUUGAUGAUGAAAUAAGGAGUAUUUUAAAUAUAGCAGACGAAGAACCACCUCCUACAUAUACAAUGCCUAUUCAAGUACGACCUUCCACACCUCCUAUAAAUCUAAAUAUAUUUAAAUUUCAUGAAAAACUACUUAGACGCCGAAUAUUAUUUAGACUUGGUCCCGAAAUGGAACUUUUCCUUCAAUCGCGUUCAAUGAAAAAAUCGACUUGCAUGGAUAUAAAUGAACAAAGACAGUACCGACCAAUGAAAUUAUUCAAUGAAUCUCAAGAAGUCAAUGUUGAUAAACCGACUAUCGAAACUGACAAUGGCAUACUUAGUGAUGGUGAAGAUGUGGAGGAAUUCCUGGGAUUUACUGAGGAGGAACAGUUAAGUAAAAAUUUUCAUAGAUUGAGCAGAGAUUCGGGUGUUGACGCAGACGUGCCAUUAACAAUAAACGUGUAUGAUGUCGAGGCCACUUGUGAAAGCCUAAAUAACACAUCGCAGUAUAAAGAACCAAUAUCUACAAGUAAAGAAGCUGUUGAUAAUAAAACAUUGGAACAGGAGAGUUUACAAAAGGAAUUCAUAGAAGAUGCGACACGGAUGCCUGAUUGUCAAAAUGGUUUAAUUAAAGAUAUUACAUGUCAAGCUAAAAUAGCUGCUUCAGAAAGUGAAAAUUCGACCAAUGAAAUAACUUCCGAUAUUAAUAUUUCCGCGAACAAUAUUAUCCAAAGUGAAAAUAAACCAAAUAUUGAUACUUCGUCGAACUCGCCUUUGUUAUUUGAGGAUGUUAUUUUGUGCACAGAAAACAUUGAGGAACUGCAAAAUAGCAAUACAAAGAUACAAAAAUGGCAUGAGUAUUUGCAACCUAUUUUAUCAAAGGCACGAGAUCGUCAUCAUUUCGAUGUUUUUCAAUUAGGAACGGACAUUAUGAACGAAUUGCAGAAGCCUGAAGCUCCCAAAAACCCUGUAAAGGCCUCGUCUAUAACAUUCCAAGACAUGAUGGUCAAUAAGGAUGAAAGUUAUGUAUCACGCUACUUUCUAUCGACUUUGUUACUGGCAAAUCAAAAUAAUAUAAAAAUCGAUGUGUUCGAAAAAUGUUCUGAAAAGCCCUCAGCAUGGAGCGAUAUAAAAUUGACUUUAUUGAACACAAAACGCCAUACUGUAGCCAUUGAAGAUAAUAUUGGGAUAAUUCACUCGAAAAAAUCUAGUAAGAGUAACAAUUCGAGCCAUAAUUUUAAAGAAUCAUUUGUUAUAUCUGGAGGGCAAUGUAAUGCAAGAAUUAAUGAAAACGUCACAGAUAGCAAUGCUAUAGUAGAAGUUGAUUUAAAUGUUGUACGGCCCUUGAAACAAAUUGAGAAACUGUCAAAUAUCAAUGAUGAUUAUGAUUCUGGUAUCUUCUCAACAGAGGAGUGUUCUUCAUGACACCAAAAUGAGUCUGGUUCACCGUUACUGCCUACUGUGUAGCGCGAGUGUUACUGUUGCAUAUAUAUAUAUAUACAUAUUGUAUAUGAGUGUAACAAAUAAUUAUGACAUUUAAAAUGUUUAAAACAUAUUUUUCUGUAAUUUCUUUAAUAAUUUACUAGUGUGAAUCGUAUGAAUUGCAGCAACAUUAAUAUUUUAUAUACUUUUUGUUUCCACAAAUUAUCCUUCGAAAGUAACAUUUUUUGUUUUCAUAUGUCACUUAAUGCUUUUUUACUUUAUAUAUUUUUUGCAAUAUAAAAUUUGAUAAAUGCAAUUAAAAACAUUGUACCUGAAUCCUCAAUGAUAAUUGAGGAAGGUAGGGUUAGUAAUAAGGCAAAGUAUUUUUAUACAAGAUGACCAACUAAAUAUUGAUUAUUUUAUAUCAGACAAACUUGCACUUCAAUCUAAUAACUGUAUAAUAUUAAUAAAUAAAUAUUGUUUACUCAUACUUGUAAAAUGUUAUAUAUAUAUAUAUAUAUAUAUAUAUAUAUACAUAUACAUAUACAUAAUAGAUAUAUAAAUAAGUUUUAGUUUUUGAUAUACACUAAUAAUUAUAAAGUAGUGCUAUUGAGUUAAACAUGAUGCACCAUAAAAUAGAAAAUAAUCUUUGACAAAAA